AUGGUCUACACAAUCGUCGUCCACCUCCGCGCAAAGCCCGACCAAGAGUCCAUCUCCAAACUGCACGCCAAGCUCCUCGAGGCCUCUGCUGUCUACUCCCAGGACAAGGAGACCCUCUCCUGGUUCGUGAUGCAGUCCGUCCACGACCCGCAGGACUUCACUAUCGUCGAGCGCUACCUGCAGGAGUCCUCGCAGGAGUACCACCUCAACAAUCCCUACUGGAAGACCUUCGAUCCCUAUGUCAUCCCGCUCCUGGAGAAGGAGAUGGAUCUGAGACGCUUUGAGGAAUUGGUUCCGCAGGUGCCGAACUAA